AUGAUGACCGCGCACGACGGCCGACGGUACUUCUGCGCGCUUCCGAAACCCCGCGGGACGGGCGCCUCCGACGACGAGACGGGCGGGACGGGCGGACGCGACGCGACGAACGCGUCCGCGACGGAUGGCGAUGCGGAGGCCACCGUCGAGGACGUGCUCAAGCCGCUGGAGGGGCGGUGCUUCUACAGGAUCGAGGGAUGGUGGACGUACGAGUUCUGCCACAUGAAGAAGAUCCGGCAGUACCACCAGGAGGACAAGAAGGUGACGAACGAGUACAACCUCGGAGUGUACCACCCGGGGCUGACGAAAGAGGCGGAGAAGGAUCGCGCAGCCGUGGAUCGAUCGCGCACAGCUGGCGGCGACGUCGUCGGAACGGCGUCCGGCGAGCCGUACCACGCGCACGUCUUCACCGAGGGCACGCCGUGCGACCUCACGACGCUGAAGCGAAGGACGGAGGUUCGAUUCACGUGCGCGCCGAACGGGGUGAACGUCAUAGCCAGCAUAGAGGAGCCGAGCACGUGUUCGUACGUGUUCGUCGUGCGAACGCCGGAGCUGUGCAAGCGAAGCGAAUUUCGCGCGAGGGUGAAGGAGACGUCGCACGUGCGGUGCAGGGCGGUGCCGGCGGAGGAAGAGACGGAGUCGGCGGGGGGGGGCGGGGUCGUGCGGGGCGAGAGCUUCGCGGUUCCGCCGAAGAAAACGGAGCUGUGA